UUGAAAUUUUGAAAAAGCUCUUGCUUGAAAUUUCUACUUUCAAAUUUGGCUUGGAAGCGUGAUCUAGAGUGACUGAGUGGGAAAUCUUUACUCUGCUCCAUCAAAUAUUGAUCCAAGAUAUCUUGGAUCGGUCAACAAGACCUAUCGCUGUCAUCAAGACCUGAAGUGGAGUGGAAUCCGCUGUGAGUCCGUUCCGGUUUUUUUCUCUGUUUACACCCGUAUCUGCUGUUCUGAUUGCAUUAGGUCAUUAUCGCUUGCCGUUUUGCUUGUACAUAACCGUUUAUAGUACCUCGUGUGUUUACUGUGUUUACUGUAUUCACUCUAAUCACCAUCGGAUCAACGUCCCGAUGCCAACAGUUGCACGUAACAGUACAUGCUACGUUUGUCACUCCGAGUCGCCACCACAUGUUCGCUGUCUUUGUUGCAAGCGACAGUACCACGGGCGCUGUGCUAAACUCACACAGCCGGAGGUGGACUUCUACACUUCACAUACCAAAGCUAAGUGGGUUUGCAAUGACUGCGCAGAGUUACUUCACAGAGGCUUCAAAAACAGCCCUAUUGGCUCUCUAGAUGUGGCAGCCUUUAGAAACUUUUGCAGGGAUUUGCAAGUCUCGACGAAGUCCACAUCUAAAGGCGUCGACACUUGUGACUUGCCUUCUGGCGUUUUAGUAGCAAACGUAGGCGUUGAUACUCGUGACUUGGCAUCAGUCGACAUCUCAGUUACAUCUUCACCACAACCUCAAGGCUUCGACUGUGUUUGCCCAAGCAACCCUCUGCCUGCAGGAGCAGUCUCCGGUGAACAGGAGCUGGACGACACCAUACCUAUGAUCCUUGGCUCAUCUCCUCCACGCGACCCGCAUCCGUUUCUGAUUACAGAUGGGAGCAACACCCGAGAACUAACGGAUGACUCGCCAGCAAGUGAGCAGACCACAGGAACCAGUGUCGAAAUCCCACGGUGCAAAUGUCGCAACCCCCCCCCCAAACAAUCGAGGGACAAACACCGUGCUAAAAACUGCGCCAAGCACACUCAGUGCGCCAUGCAAUCGCAGGAGAACCCAGGUCCCCAGUUCACACAUGUUACACAGCCGAGGCCCUCACAAUGCAGCCAAGGCACCAAUACGCCUCGGAGCAGUGGCUUGCCAGAAUUCAACCGCAAAACUUUGAUACUGUUCAAUGUGGACGAGAGCGACCACCCGUCACUAUCCCACAGAGCCAGUGCCGAUCUAUCCCAAUGGCAAUCCUUGCGGCAACUCCUUGGACUGCCGCCUACCUCCUCGCCCUCUCUCUGCCGUCUACGCGCACCCCGCUCACCAGGUGACAAACGCCCAAGGCCGUUACGCGUCACUCUGGAAAGUGCUGAUGACGUCGAGGAAACGCUCUUGGCAUCGGCUUGCUUGAAUAAACUGAACACAAAGAUCCGCGCCCAGCCAGACUUUCCCUGGGUUGUGAGGGAGGCAAGAAGAGAGGCGCGUAUCAACAGCACGUGCGCCAACCACGAUAGAGCUUGCAGUAUAAUUAUACACGGAGUCCCAGAACUCCACACUGCCGACCCGGUUGAAUCAUCCCGCCACGAUGUUCAGCAGUGGUGCUAUAUUCGGUCGCAGCUUAACCUAUCAGUGGACAACUGUGGGGCGUGGUCUGUUCACCGGCUGCCGAGGCCAGCUCACCUCUCGCAGAUACAGGCGCCUAAACUGCUCAGGGUCAUUCUUUUCACUCCUGAGAUGCGCCAGACUGUACUACAACGGUGGUACGAGCUACGUGGAAACUUCCCGUACGAAGUCAGGAUGCAUCCAGACAAACCGCGGGAGGAGCGCAGGCAAAUUCAGGGACGUAAUUCCACGCCAUUCAGCCGAGCCACGCCAUCACUACCUAUUACGCGACUUGUGGAUAUACCAAAAAACGAGUAGGCGCCGGCCCCUGUGGGGUCGGCGUAAACCACACUGGAACUACCCUACCAUCUAUGCCUUCAAGCCACUGCCCGCCAGCAGUUCAUGUUAGCACGUGGAACUGCUUGUACACCAACGCUUUAUCGCUACGGAACAAGGUGUCCGAAAUCUCUUCCCUUGCGCUGGACACGCAAGCUAAAGUUAUAUGUAUAACCGAAACCUGGUUCUGCCCAGACGUUGUGGACGCCGAGGUAGCUAUCCCGGGAUACGUGCUCUUUCGAAACGAUCGUGAAAGCGGCAAAGGCGGAGGCGUAGCUGUGUAUGUAUCAGACCGCCUCACAUGCGUCCCUCUCAAAUCUCCGGAACUACUAUCUCUUCCCGAAUCCCUCUGGAUUCGCGUCCGCGGCUCUGGUUCCACCAGUCUCACCCUUGGAGUGGUUUAUCGCCCUCCCUCAGCUGCGCCAGAAUGGCUGCAGUGCUGGAACGCCGCCCUCCGAGCAGCUGCUUCAGAUUUGGGUGCCCCCUACUCGUCGCAGGUGACUUUAAUUUCCCGGAGAUAGACUUUACCUCUGGCCAAGCUCGCAGUCAGCACAGCCUUGAGUUUCUUGCCAGUGUUCUAGAACAUGGCCUAACCGAACACGUACAGCAGUACACUCGGUGGCGAGACGGUCAAAACCCGUCGAAACUCGACUUGCUGCUCACCAACGAGCCACAUCUAAUUGACAACGUUAAUUUGAGCGCCCCAGUUGGUGCAAGUGAUCAUGCAGUUAUCAGUUUUCGUGUGGUGGCGAACGUCACGCUCAACGCUAAAGCACUGCCCAUCAGGCUUAACUUUCGUCGAGCGGACUAUGACGCGAUCAAAGAUUUCCUCUCACGAGUCGACUGGUCCCUGGCAGCACAAACCCCCACAGUCGACGACCAUUGGAACUACAUCGCCGCUCACAUCCACGACGCAAUUAGGGCACACGUCCCCACAGUGCGCGCUUAUGCGCCGAAACGCCACAGGCAACUUCAGCCUGCUACGCUUAGGCUGAUCAGGGAGAAGAAGGCCCUCUGGGACAGAUUCUUACUUUUUGGCGACUCUGAUUCGCGAGCACAAUACUGUAGAGUGCGAAAUUCCUGUAUAGCAGCUGUUCGCCAGGACAGAAAAGCGUACCAGCUCUCUCUCGCUAAAAGCUUCGCCGAUAACCCCAAGGUCUUCUUUAAGCAUAUAGCGUCUCUCACUAAAUCGCGCGCUGCCGUUGGCAGCCUGCUCAGACCCGUAGGCAAUACCACAACGUCGGACAAAGAAGCUGCGGAAUUGCUGAAGACUCAGUACGAGUCCGUUUUCGGCACCUUCGCACGCAGUACAAUGGAAGGCGCUAAUUUUACCCCCAUCGCUGCCAGACAUCCCGUGCAGUUUACAUCAGAGAAAGUCCUGGAGAAAUUAAAAAAAUUAAGGACAGACAAAUCGCCGGGUUUGGAUGGGAUCCCUCCCAUUUUUCUACGUGAAUGCGCUACGGUACUGGCCGAGCCGCUUGCCUUACUGUACAGCCGCUCCUACACCAGUGCCGAAUACCCGAAUGCUUGGAAGCAAGGGGUCAUAACGCCGAUAUACAAGGGUGGUGACAGGACAAACCCCUCUAAUUAUCGUCCGAUAGCACUGCUUCCCACUGCCUCCAAAGUAAUGGAGAGUAUCAUAGACGAUUUCUUGCGCUGCCAUUUAGAAAGUCUGUCCUUAAUAGCCCCGGAACAGCACGGGUUCCGCAGGGCUCACUCGUGCACCACGAAUCUUCUCGCAGCCCUUGAUUCCUGGACUGCAGAGGCAGACA